GUGCUGAACGCAAAGAAACACCGUGUUACUCCUUUACAGUGAGUGUGUGCAUUAACGGUCCUGCUGCUUAACAUUAGUCAUCCUCACGAGCUCGAACUGCACGCGACUCGGAUCAGUGCGCCUUAGCGACGGUUCGGGCGCGAGCGAAUGCAGACGGACUGGAAGAAGAGGAGAAAGAAAAAAGACAGAGAUAGAGAGACACGGAGAACGACAGUCUUAGACGGCUGUCUCAGCUCUUCUUUUUUUUUUCGGACAGCGCAACAGCUUUUCUUUUAGUUCCCGUGAUCGAAACGAUUUUUCGUCCGUUUCUUGCAAAAAAUAAAGCGCACGCGGAGUUGGGCUUGGGGAAGUCGACGACUCGGCAAGAAAGCAACAAAUAUCCAUCUGCAGACGCCCGGUUUAAGUUGUGAACUGAAACCACAGAAGCCUCGGACGGUUUUAUAGUGUUUCAUCUUUCCAGUAAAAGACAGGAAGUCACUUCGGAGGACAAAGCCAAAAGGGAGCUAUUGAAAAACCUGACCUCAAGGAGAUGAAUAUUUAUGGACUAUGAACAAUGGAGUAAGAGACAGAACCUUCUAGUAAAGCCAAAUGUCUAUUUCACUUUAUUUCACCUACCUUGAUAUAUUGAUGCAACAAUGAGCUUUAAAAUGCUUUUACACCCUUGAAAGGUGUCUCUCUGUUACUCAUCUUCUGAAUCAAGUAAAGAAAAAACACAGAGAGGUAGACAAAAGCUGGGCUGUUGCAAUGUCUCCACCCUUUUUAAGUGGAGUCAGAUGGACCAAAUGUUAUGGCUUAUAUUCACUGCUUGUUUUUCUUAGUCUCUUUCUGACUACUUUGGCAGCGAAACCCAAAGGUCCAGGUCAUACACAUUUAAACUCCAUUCGUAUCGAUGGAGACAUAUCCCUGGGAGGACUGUUCCCAGUGCAUGCAAGGGGCCAUGGUGGAAAGCCCUGUGGAGAACUGAAAAAGGAGAAGGGAAUUCAUCGUCUGGAGGCAAUGCUUUUUGCUCUGGACCGCAUCAACAAUGACCACGACUUGCUUCCCAACAUCACACUGGGGGCCCGUAUUCUGGACACUUGCUCCCGUGAUACACAUGCUCUGGAGCAGUCACUAACUUUUGUCCAGGCGCUUAUAGAGAAGGACGGGAUGGAUGUGAAGUGUGCCGAUGGCGGAUCUCCUAUUAUCACAAAGCCAGAGAGAGUUGUGGGUGUCAUAGGUGCUUCUUCUAGUUCAGUGUCCAUCAUGGUGGCUAAUAUCCUGCGUUUGUUUAAGAUUCCCCAGGUGAGCUAUGCUUCCACAGCACCAGAGCUAAGUGACAACACACGCUAUGACUUCUUCUCUCGAGUUGUUCCUCCAGACACUUACCAGGCCCAGGCUAUAGUGGACAUAGUGCGUCACAUGGGCUGGAACUAUGUGGCCACUGUUGCCUCAGAAGGAAAUUAUGGAGAAAGUGGAGUGGAUGCCUUCAUCCAGAAGACCCGCGAUGAUGGAAAUGUGUGUAUAUCACAGACAGUUAAAAUCCCCCGUGAGCCCAAGCCAGGAGAGUUUGACAAGAUUAUCCACACUCUUGGAGAAAAUUCCAAUGCCAGAGUGGUCAUAAUUUUUGCAAAUGAAGACGAUAUAAGGCGACUCCUGCAGGCAGCAAAGAAAGCCAACCAAACAGGACAUUUUAUUUGGGUGGGAUCAGACAGCUGGGGCUCUAAAAUCUCUCCUGUGCUACACCAAGAAGAGAUGGCUGAGGGAGCUAUCACCAUCCUACCCAAACGCCAGUCUAUCAAAGGGUUUGAUAAUUACUUCAUCGGGCGAACGCUGGAGAACAACAGGAGAAAUGUCUGGUUUGCUGAAUUCUGGGAGAACAAUUUUAACUGCAAACUCAACCGCAAUGCCUUGAAGAAAGGAACUGGCAUUAAGAAGUGCACAAAUCAAGAGAGGAUUGGGAAAGAUUCAGCAUAUGAGCAGGAGGGUAAAGUGAUGUUUGUGAUCAAUGCUGUGUAUGCCAUGGCCCAUGCCCUCCAUAACAUGCACAGAGAUCUGUGUCCUGGAAAGGUUGGACUUUGCUCCAAAAUGGACCCUAUCGAUGGAAGCCUCCUUCUUAAAUACAUACGUAAAGUCAAUGUCACAGUCACAGCUGGCAAUCCAGUGCAGUUCAAUGAGAAUGGAGAUGCCCCAGGUCGUUACGAUAUCUUCCAGUACCAGAUAAAUAACAAAACUGCUGAGUACAAAAUCAUUGGCAGCUGGAUUGACAAGCUCAACCUUAAUAUCUCCAUGAUGCAGUGGCCUGGUGGUGUGCGGCAGGUGCCCUCCUCCAACUGCAGUCAACCCUGCAAGCCAGGCUGGCGGAAAAAGAUUGUGAAAGGCAUUCCAUGUUGCUGGCACUGUGAGCGCUGUGAAGGUUACCAGUACCAAGCUGACCCAUUCACUUGCAAGAUGUGUCGCUUUGACCUUCGCCCCAACAAGAACCACACAGGCUGCCAGCCUAUCCCUAUCAUCAAGCUGGAAUGGAGCUCACCCUGGGUGGUCAUACCUGUUUUUCUUGCUAUACUGGGCAUCAUGGCUACACUAUUUGUGGUGGCCACUUUCAUACGCUACAAUGAUACACCAAUUGUUAAGGCAUCAGGACGGGAGCUUAGCUAUGUCUUGCUGACAGGCAUUUUCCUUUGCUAUGCUACCACAUUUCUGAUGAUUGCAACUCCUGAUGUUGGGAUUUGUUCAUUCAGACGCAUUUUCCUAGGCCUUGGAAUGAGUAUAAGUUAUGCUGCAUUGCUUACCAAGACCAACCGCAUUUACCGUAUUUUUGAACAAGGAAAGAUGUCAGUGAGUGCCCCACGGUUCAUUAGCCCAGCCUCCCAGUUAGUUAUCACUUUUAUCCUGAUUUCGCUCCAGCUCUUAGGGGUGUGUAUCUGGUUUGUGGUAGACCCUCCCCAGGCAUUUGUGGACUACGAAGACCAACGUAUGUCAAACCCUGAGAUGGCACGAGGUGUGCUCAAGUGUGAUAUCUCAGAUUUGUCACUCAUCUGCCUACUGGGAUACAGCAUGCUGCUGAUGGUCACAUGUACAGUCUAUGCCAUUAAGACACGUGGGGUGCCUGAGACCUUCAAUGAGGCAAAGCCUAUUGGCUUCACCAUGUACACCACCUGCAUCAUCUGGCUUGCAUUUAUCCCUAUCUUCUUUGGCACUUCACAGUCAAUGGAAAAGAUGUACAUUCAGACGACUACACUUACCAUCUCAGUCAGCCUGAGUGCCUCUGUGUCUCUGGGAUUGCUCUACAUGCCCAAAGUCUAUGUGGUACUCUUCCACCCUGAGCAGAAUGUGGCUAAGCGCAGCACCCGUAGCCUGAAGGCCGUGGUCACUGCUGCCACCAUGUCCAACAAAUUCAAUCCCAAGGCCAACCUCAGACCCAAUGGAGAGGCCAAGACUGAGCUGUGUGAAAACCUGGAAACUCAAGGUCUUAGCCCCAGACAAACAUACAUCAGCUACAGCAACCAUGCAAUGUAACAGAAUGCAGAUUGCAACUGACAACCAUCACAUCAUGAUGACAGGAAGGCAGGCCAUCACAGUUGGCUACUCUUAUGGUUUUUAUACGGACAAAUGAUUGAAAGAACUUGGGCAGUAUACAGAAAUAUUCUAGUGAAGGCCAGAUAAAGAUCCUAGGGGGACAUCUUUAUGUCUCAGGAUAUGACUCAUAACUUUAUCUAGUUAUUCCAAAGGAUCUACCUAACUGUCAUCCCAAGGGAUCUCAAAGGAUCUGCCCAACAGAAAAGCACAAGAAGCAAGUCUAAAUCACUGCUAUGGACCUCAGUGAACAGAUGAGUUUCAGUGCAAACAAGCAAGAAACCUCCUGGAAAAGAACUUUCAAAUUGUUAUGAACAGUGGUGCAUGUAUUAACCAGAGAAUGUAAAAGUAAACAUGUAUGCGAUGCUUCUCUGUUCUAAUUGGUAUUUGAUCAAUUCCAUGUCUGUUUGCUUAUUCAGAAGAGACAAUGAUUUGACCCGAUGGAUUUGCAAUGGACAAUAUAUUGUGUUGAUGAAUUCAGCCACUCCAAACACUUUGCUGAGUGUUCUUCAAAUCUGCAUCUUCAUUUUCAACAUCCAGUUGUAUCUUGGUCAGACACUUUUAUUUUUUAUUAAACAAUGAAAAUUUAAUCUCUCUGUUAGAUAGAGGAAAUAAAUACAGUUAACUGUUAGCGCUUGGUGAGGUCAGGUUCAAAGGGAAAAGGUUGGCUUACAUACACUUGGAUCAUACCGGAUCUCAAUACACAGCAGUCACAAGAGUAAAAGAUAGGCCUAAUGGUAUGGUGUUUAUCUCAGAUAGGCCGAGUGUUAUGGUAUGGUAUUUAUUGAACAUCAGUAAUGCGGUUGAAAAUAAUUAAUGUGAAUUGCAAUACUUUGGGAUUUACGCCCUGUUGCAAAAUACGAUAUCAAACAUCCACUCUCAGUUGCUAGCCAAUUAGGUGCAUCUACUGUAGACAUUUCAUCAGUUGAAUCUAGCCAUACAGUUCCUGACUGUAGCAAAGCCCCCUGCCACUAGACAGUUUGGGCUAAUUGUCCCCCCUGACCAUCAGAUUUCUUUUGGUUGAAUAUUCCUUAAGUAACAAUGAGGUGUUUAAAAACCCUAGCAACAAUGCUGCGCCUCAUACACUCACACCAUGCCAUCAAAUAAUAUAUAGUUCUCUGUGGUCCUAAGAUGGUUCGUUUCCAUUGAUGGCCCGAAUAAGGUGAUGUAUUGUGUAUAAAAGAAUGCUCUACAGUCAACAACUAUAUCUAUAUAACUGAAAAGGUAUAUGUUCCAGAAUGAAAUGGCCAAUGACUGUAGCCGCAAAGUAGUUUUGUGCAAGAAACUACAAUACUAAUAAAUAUAUUUUUAUAGGCAACCCUGAAUUGAAGUAAUGCAGUUUCCUGUGGAGAAAACUUUGGAUCCAAGGGUCAUAUGAUAAUCCCUGUAUGAGCUCUAAAGUCCUAAAAUAAGUCAAAGUGUGAUCAGUCAUGCUUUUUCUAUAUUACAAUUUCUUUGCUACAAUUUUUCUAACGUCUUUACCCAUUGAAAACAAUUAUCAUUAAAAUGUGCUGAACAAUAAUCAUAAGCAUAGGACUAUAAACAUUCUUAAAAUGAUUGACAAAAUUUUUAAAUAUAUUACUAUACUGUGAUCUAAUCUUUGUGUGUGUAUGUGUGUGUGUGUGUGUGUGUGUGUGUGUGUGUGUGUGCGCACUAAUGUAUUGAAACAUUUGAUUGUUUAAUUGCAACUGUGUAUAAUUGUGCAUAAAUAAAGAGCAAAUAACUGAUGUCA